AUGGCUCGUUUAUUCGAUCCACUUGAUCUACUUGGCCCGGUGGUAAUGAACGCUAAAAUGUUCGUGCAACAACUAUGGGUGGAGAACUUGCCGUGGGAUAAUGAAUUGUCGGAGGAGCGAAGUGAUACCGGUAUGCUCCACUCCCGACUGUCCACAUCAAAAUCUCGUGUCGCUCCAUUGCGAGGCCAGACGAUUCCAAGAUUGGAGCUCAGCGCCGCGCUCUUGGGAAGCCAGUUGAUGGACAACCUACAAAGGAUGACCGAACUCAAGGGUCCAGUUACAUUCUGGACAGAUUCAACGAUAGUGCUUCACUGGAUCAAGUCUCAAUCUAGUUCGUGGAAAGUCUUCGUCUCAAAUCGAGCGGCGGAAGUUCAACGGUUGACUAAAGGAUCACAGUGGAGACACGUUCCAACCGAAAUGAACCCUGCAGAUAGGAUUUCUCGGGGCUCACUUCCAAGUGAUCUGCUAGACGACAAAUUGUGGUGGCAUGGGCCGAGUUUCGUCACGACUCCCGUUGAGCAAUGGCCACAAUUUUCGGAUCUCGCCAAGUUGAUUCGGACAGUAGCCUACUGUUACCGUUUCUACAACAACUGCAAAUUACCGAUCAGUGAGAGGAUUACUGGAUCUUUGGUUUCUAGCAACUGCCAGUUCGCUCUGAAGAUACUCGUUCGCCUAGCACAGGCUACCGCAUUCCCAGCUGAAGUGCGAUUGUAUCAAAACAACCAACGAUGUGUAGUGAACUCGAAGGAACUUGGCUCGAAAUCACUCCUUAGGAACUUGAACUGUUUGAUGGAUGAUUUCGUUUUGCUUAGAUUGGACGGUCGAUUGAGAUACAAAACCGCACCCUUCGACACUCGUUUUCCGAUGAUACUCCCAGCGGACCACAAGCUGACCUGGUUGAUUGCUCGAUCACUCCACGUUCAGACACUGCAUGCUGGUCCUACGCUGCUACUCGCUACUAUUCGCCAACGGUUCUGGCCGCUCCGGGGUCGUCAUCUCGCUCGCAGGGUGCAACCAGCAAAUGGCACCACUUCCAUCAGUACGUGUUACACCUGCUCGAGCAUUCGCAUACUCUGGGAUGGAUUACUGUGGGCCGUUUCUCGUUCGUCCGUUGGUUGGAAGGGGAGCAUCGGUGAAGAUAUACGUCGCGCUUUUCGUGUGUCUAGUGGUGAAGGCCGCCAAAUGUUCGAAUUACACUGCGACAAUGCGACUGCUUUCGUCGGGGCAGAUCGCGAGUUGAAGGCUGCGCGUCAAGCCUUUCGCGAACAGUUUCGGAGCAAGCAAUGGGACGAAUAUUGCACAACUAGCGGAAUCACGUUUCGCUUCAUACCAGCUCGGUCGCCCCACUUCGGUGGGCUAUGGGAGGCUGGUAUCAAGUCCUUCAAGUACCACUUUCGCCGCAUCAUGGGCUGCAAGGCGUUCGACAUGGACCAACUGCUAACCGUCGUAGCCCAAAUCGAAUCCGUUCUCAACUCCCGUCCCUUAGCUCCACUGUCCGACUCCCCAGACGACACAUCCGCUCUGACCCCAGGUCAUUUCCUAAUCGGAGAACCACUCUUUUCCAUUCAAGAGCCAGACCUCUGCGACUUGGACACCAAACGCCUGUCACGUUUGCAGGAUAUGAAACGAUCCGCGCAGGAUCUGUGGCGACGGUGGUCCAGGGACUACUUGAGCCAGUUGCAGCAACGUUCAAAAUGGAAGAAAGAAACUGCAGACGUGGAGUGGCCUUUAGGUCGUAUCACCGAAACGAUCGUUGGGCCAGACGGUCAUGUUCGCGUGGUGGUCGUAAAAACGGCUGCAGGAACGUACAAACGGGCAGUCACCGAAAUUGCAGUGCUUUCCAUCGACGGAGAAAAUUCUCAGUUGGCAGUUGAAACGGACAGUUUCAACGGGGGCCGGCAUGUUGGCGAUUCUAUCUAA